UCCUCCUCCCCACCGCGUCCCGGGCUCGGCCGCCAUGUCCGCCGCCGAGGAGGUCGACGGGCUGGGCGUGGCUCGGCCUCACUAUGGCUCUGUCUUGGAUAAUGAGAGACUUACUGCAGAGGAGAUGGAUGAAAGGAGGCGCCAGAAUGUAGCCUAUGAGUAUCUCUGUCAUUUGGAAGAAGCAAAGAGGUGGAUGGAAGCCUGCCUCGGGGAAGACCUGCCGCCCACCACUGAGCUAGAGGAGGGCCUGAGGAAUGGUGUCUACCUGGCCAAGCUCGGCAACUUCUUUUCACCCAGAGUGGUGUCCCUGAAGAAAAUCUAUGAUCGGGAGCAGACUAGGUACAAGGCUACUGGCCUGCACUUCAGGCACACUGACAAUGUGAUUCAGUGGUUGAAUGCCAUGGAUGAUAUCGGAUUACCUAAGAUUUUUUACCCAGAAACUACAGAUAUCUACGACAGGAAGAACAUGCCGAGAUGCAUCUACUGUAUUCAUGCCCUCAGUCUGUACCUGUUUAAACUAGGCCUGGCUCCUCAGAUCCAAGACCUGUAUGGAAAAGUCGACUUCACAGAAGAAGAAAUCAAUAACAUGAAGAUCGAGCUGGAGAAGUACGGGAUCCAGAUGCCUGCUUUCAGCAAGAUUGGUGGUAUCCUGGCUAAUGAGCUCUCAGUGGAUGAAGCGGCAUUGCACGCUGCUGUGAUCGCCAUUAAUGAGGCUGUGGACCGAAGAGUCCCUGCAGACACCUUUACAGCCCUGAGGAACCCCAACGCCAUGCUCGUGAACCUUGAUGAGGUUUUGGCCUCCACCUACCAGGAUGUACUUUACCAGGCCAAGCAGAAUAAAAUGGCGAAUGCUAAAAACAGGACAGAAAACUCGGAGCGGGAAAGAGAUGUGUAUGAGGAGCUGCUCACCCAAGCUGAGAUCCAGGGCAAUGUCAACAAAGUCAACUCCGUGGCUGCAGUGGCAAGCGUGGACAGUGCUUUAGACCAGGGAUCUGUGCCAGCCUUGCUGAAGGCCCUGCAGUCCCCAGCCCUGGGCCUGCGGGGGUUGCAGCAGCAGAACGGAGACUGGUACCUGAAGCAGCUCCUUGGGGACCGGCAGCAGAAGCGGCAGGGUGGCCAUGCCGAUCCCCUGCAGAAGGAGGAGCUGCAGGUUGGAGUGGAUGCUGCAAACAUCAGUGCUCAGCAUUACCAGAGAAGACUGGCUGCAGUGGCGGCCAUCAAUGCGGCCAUCCAGAAGGGGGCUGCUGAGAAGACUGUUCUGGAGCUCAUGAACCCUGAAGCCCAACUGCCACAGGUGUACCCAUUUGCCGCCGAGUUGUAUCAGAAGGAGCUGUCCACGCUGCAGCAGCAGAGCCCCGAGCAUAGCCUCACCCAUCCUGAGCUCUCCGUGGCGGUGGAGAUGCUGUCCUCGGUGGCCCUCAUCAACAGGGCACUGGAGUCUGGGGAUCUGAGCACAGUGUGGAAGCAGCUGAGCAGUUCAGUGACGGGCCUCACCAACAUCGAAGAGGAGAAUAGCCAGAGGUAUCUCGACGAGCUGAUAAGACUGAAAGCUCAAGCACAUGCUGAAAAUAACGAAUUUAUUACAUGGAACGACAUCCAAGCCUGUGUGGACCAGGUGAACCUCGUGGUGCAGGAGGAGCAUGAGAGGAUUUUGGCCAUUGGCCUGAUUAAUGAAGCACUGGACGAAGGGGACGCCCAGAAGACACUGCAGGCACUGCAGAUUCCGGCAGCCAAGCUCGAGGGAGUCCUCAUGGAGGUAGCCCAGCAUUACCAGGACACGCUGAUAAGGGCCAAGAGGGAGAAAGCCCAGGAGACCCAGGAUGAGUCGGCUGUGCUGUGGCUGGAUGAGAUCCAGGGCGGAAUCCAUCAGUCCAACAAAGACACGCAGGAAGCCCAAAAGUUCGCUUUAGGAAUCUUCGCCAUCAACGAGGCAGUGGACAGUGGCGAUGUGGGCAGGACCCUGAGUGCCCUUCGGUCCCCCGAUGUGGGCUUGUAUGGAGUCAUCCCUGAGUGUGGCGGAACCUAUCAGGCUGACCUUGCUGAAGCCAAGAGGAAAAAACUGGCAGCAGGUGACAAUAACAGCAAGUGGGUGAAGCACUGGGUGAAAGGUGGAUAUUACUAUUACCACAACCUGGAGAGCAAGGCAGGAGGAUGGGACGAGCCCCCAGACUUUGUACAGAAUUCCAAGCAGCUCUCUCGGGAGGAGAUCCAGAGUUCCAUCUCUGGGGUAACAGCUGCGUAUAACCGGGAACAACUUUGGCUGGCCAAUGAGGGCUUGAUCACCAAGCUGCAGGCAUGCUGCCGGGGCUACCUCGUCCGACAGGAGUUCCGUUCCCGGAUGAAUUUCCUGAAGCGACAAAUUCCUGCCAUCACCUGCAUCCAGUCACAGUGGCGAGGCUACAAGCAAAAGAAGGCGUACCAGGACCGACUGGCUUACCUGCAUGCCCACAGAGAUGAAGUGAUAAAGCUGCAGUCCUUCGCAAGGAUGCACCAAGCUCGGAAACGCUAUAGGGACCGGCUGCAGUACUUCCGAGAUCACAUAAAUGACAUCGUCAAAAUCCAGGCCUUCAUUCGAGCAAACAAAGCUCGUGAUGACUACAAGACUCUCAUCAAUGCUGAGGACCCGCCUAUGAUUGUGGUCCGAAAGUUUGUGCACCUGCUCGACCAGAGCGACCAGGAUUUUCAGGAGGAGCUUGACCUCAUGAGGUUGCGGGAGGAGGUCAUCACCCUUAUCCGCUCCAACCAGCAGCUGGAGAAUGACCUCAACCUCAUGGACAUCAAAAUUGGACUGUUGGUGAAGAACAAAAUCACACUGCAGGAUGUGGUGUCCCACAGUAAGAAGCUCACCAAGAAAAAUAAGGAGCAGUUGUCUGAUAUGAUGAUGCUGAAUAAGCAGAAGGGCGGGCUCAAGGCCCUCAGCAAGGAAAAGAGAGAGAAACUUGAAGCUUAUCAGCACCUGUUUUAUUUAUUGCAGACCAACCCCACAUACCUGGCCAAGCUGAUCUUUCAGAUGCCCCAGAAUAAGUCCACCAAAUUCAUGGACUCUGUCAUCUUCACGCUCUACAAUUAUGCGUCCAACCAGCGGGAGGAGUACCUUUUGCUUCGGCUGUUCAAGACGGCGCUGCAGGAGGAAAUCAAGUCAAAAGUAGAUCAGAUUCAAGAGAUCGUGACGGGGAACCCAACGGUGAUUAAGAUGGUUGUGAGCUUUAACCGUGGUGCCCGGGGCCAGAAUGCCUUGAGACAGAUCUUGGCCCCUGUUGUCAAAGAGAUUAUGGAUGACAAGUCUCUCAACAUCAAGACUGACCCUGUGGACAUUUACAAGUCAUGGGUCAACCAGAUGGAGUCACAGACCGGAGAGGCCAGCAAACUGCCCUAUGACGUGACCCCCGAGCAGGCACUGGCUCACGAAGAAGUGAAAAGCCGGCUAGACAGCUCCAUCCGGAACAUGAGGGCCGUGACUGACAAGUUCCUGUCAGCCAUCGUCAGCUCUGUGGACAAAAUCCCUUACGGGAUGCGCUUCAUCGCCAAAGUACUCAAGGACUCAUUGCACGAGAAGUUCCCUGAUGCUGGUGAGGACGAGCUGCUGAAGAUUAUCGGGAACCUGCUUUACUAUCGGUACAUGAAUCCAGCCAUUGUGGCUCCUGAUGCAUUUGACAUCAUCGACCUGUCAGCAGGAGGCCAACUCACCACGGACCAGCGCCGGAACCUGGGCUCCAUUGCCAAGAUGCUCCAGCACGCAGCUUCCAAUAAGAUGUUCCUGGGAGAUAACGCCCAUUUAAGCAUCAUUAAUGAGUAUCUCUCCCAGUCCUACCAGAAAUUCAGACGAUUUUUCCAGUCUGCUUGUGAUGUCCCUGAGCUUCAGGAUAAAUUUAAUGUGGAUGAAUACUCAGAUCUGGUGACGCUCACCAAGCCAGUCAUCUAUAUCUCCAUCGGGGAGAUCAUUAACACCCACACGCUCCUGUUAGAUCACCAGGAUGCGAUUGCUCCGGAGCACAACGAUCCAAUCCACGAGCUGCUGGACGACCUGGGCGAGGUGCCCACCAUCGAGUCUCUGAUAGGAGAAAGUGUUGGCAACUUAAAUGACCCAAGUAAGGAGGUGCUGGCCAAGACAGAAGUGUCUCUUACACUAACCAACAAGUUUGAUGUGCCUGGGGAUGAGAAUGCAGAAAUGGACGCUCGGACCAUCCUGCUGAACACAAAGCGCUUGAUUGUGGACGUUAUCCGCUUCCAACCAGGAGAGACCCUGACAGAAAUCCUGGAAACAGCAGCCACCAAUGAGCAGGAAGUCGAGCACCAGCGGGCAAUGCAGAGGCGUGCUAUCCGUGAUGCCAAGACUCCCGACAAGAUGAAGAAGUCCAAAUCUGUGAAGGAAGACAGCAACCUCAGCCUUCAGGAGAAGAAGGAGAAGAUCCAGGCUGGCCUGAAGAAGCUCGCUGAGCUCGGCACUGUCGACCCAAAGAAUAAAUACCAGGAACUGAUCAAUGACAUUGCCCGGGACAUUCGGAACCAGCGCAGAUACCGGCAGAGGAGGAAGGCGGAGCUGGUGAAACUGCAGCAGACCUACUCCGCCCUCAACUCCAAGGCCACCUUCUAUGGCGAGCAGGUGGAUUACUACAAGAGCUACAUCAAGACCUGCCUGGACAACUUAGCCAGCAAGGGCAAGGUCUCUAAGAAGCCAAGGGAAAUGAAAGGGAAGAAAAGCAAGAAGAUUUCUCUGAAGUAUACAGCAGCGAGACUCCAUGAAAAAGGAGUUCUUCUGGAAAUUGAGGAUCUUCAAACAAAUCAGUUUAAGAAUGUUAUCUUUGAAAUCAAUCCAACUGAAGAGGUUGGAGACUUUGAAGUGAAAGCCAAGUUCAUGGGUGUUCAGAUGGAGACUUUCAUGCUACAUUAUCAGGACCUGCUGCAGCUACAGUAUGAAGGGGUUGCUGUCAUGAAGUUAUUUGACAGAGCUAAAGUAAAUGUCAACCUUCUCAUCUUCCUUCUCAACAAGAAGUUCUACGGGAAGUGAUUGCUCUCCUGCUGCCAGCCAGAAGGGCGAAGGGAAGAAGUCUCAGGCUGCCCAUCAGGGCCCUUUCCUGCCCCUGACGCCAGGCCCAGCCCCAGCCAUGCCUCCCGCCAUCUCUCCUGGCUCCACCUUUUACCUUCUCCUGCCCUGGCAGGCCCUUCCUUUCCUUUCUUCCUUGUCUUUCAGGACAUCUGGCCUGGUCUGUUCCCUUCUUUUCUUCUGUCCCUAGCAGGAUGCGGCACAAACUCGUCAUGCUGUUUCCAUCAGCCAUAGCUGUCGUGUUGCUCUAGUCUCUGCUUGGGGUUUUGUUCUGAUCAGCCGCAAGGGUGAUGGGGGGUGGGGGGAGCUGGUUUCUCUUUAUUAGAAGUGAGAGCUCUUGGCCCCAGCAUGGAACUUGGUUAGGAGACACAGUGGGAGACAUGUCUGCUGCCCAUGAGUAGACAGAAAGUGCUCAAGCAUUGUAGGGUCUCAUUCUUCUGUCCUUGGGAGCAAGAUCCUGUGUUCCAAGGCAGCCUUUCUAGGGGAAAGUGGAGUGUCUUUGUCCUCUCACCAUCAUUGGGCAUGACCUCUGACGUUCUGUUGGUGUGGUUCUUGUCGGUCAGGAAGGGCCCACUGAGUUCAGUCCCUUGUUUGGAGGUGUCUCCUCAUUUGUGUGCAUGCCCGAUAC